AUGUUGUUGUUGUUUCGCCACAGUUUGCUGUUGUUGAGUACCAUUUUGGUCAAGGAUUAUGAUAUUUUAUUGAUUCCAAUUAUUUUUCCUGGUCAUUUUGGGUUAGUAAUUUUUGAUCGUUCAGAUCGUGAUAAUUUUUCAUGUAUUUUCGUUGACUCUUUGCCUUCUGUAAAUCGUUUAACCGAUGUUUCUUGUGGUGUUUUUGAUCAACGGCGUGUUGAUUUAAUUAAACGGUGUAUUUGUGAUUUAACUCCUGGUCUUUUUGUUGAGAAUAUAAAUAUUCAAAUUUUGCCCCGUUCUCAGUUUACAGAACAAAGAGAUGGAAUUAAUUGCGGGUUUUAUGUUUGUCUUUAUUCGGAAUUGUUUUUAUUUAAUAAUAAAUCGUUAAUAAUUCCUAAUUUAAAUAUUCAAUAUGAGAGGAAGCGUAUUUUAUGGCACCUUUCACAAUUAAUUCUUUCAAAUGAUAUUACUUAUGUUGGGAUUUUCGAUUAUAAUCCUAGAAAUGCACCUGUGAAUGAAAAUAUUUUUAAUUUUAAUCUCGAUUUUGGUAAUGAUUUUCAUGAUAAUUGUGUUGUUAAUAACUUUCCUAUAGUUGAUAUGGAGCCUGAUCCACCUCGUAAUUUAAGACGCUCAGAAAGAAUUAAAACAAUGAAAAAUGAUUUAGCUUCUGAAGUUACUGUUGAGAGUAUAAAUUUGCACUCCUUAUAUGAAAUAUCCUCUUAUUGUAAAAGAAACCAUAAGGAUGUUCCAUGUGCCGAUGUCCGUGCUGGGCACGUUAUCAGAAAUUAA